AGCUUUUGGCAGCAAAGCUCUUCCAUUCUUUUCUACACCAACAACUCCAGUCCUUCACUUUUUCCCUUCACAUUCAUUUUCCAACUCCACCAACAAGCUUUUUUUCGACAAUGAAGUUCUCAAUCAUGUCUCUCGGCCUCAUGGCCGUCUCUGCUCUGGCAGCACCUAUGCCAUCUCAGAUCGCACCCAAGCGUGACGGUCUCACCAAGCGCGCCGCAUCCCUGGAGGAUGUCGCCACUACCGGUUUCGCUACCCAGAACGGAGGUACCUCUGGAGGAAAGGGAGGCAAGACCAUCGAGGUCAGCUCCCUCAGCGAGUUGGAGUCUGCUGUCAAGGGUGAGGAUGCCGCUAUCGUUCUCAUCACCGCUCCCAUCAAGGGAAGCGGAGAGAACGUCAAGAUUGGCAGCAACAAGUCCGUCAUCGGAAAGGACUCUUCCGUCGUCCUGACCGACUUCACCCUCACAGUCAAGGCAGUCAAGAACGUCAUCCUCCGCAACUUCGCCGUGGAGAAGGUCGUCGGCGGCGAUGCCAUUGCCAUCCAGGAAGCCCAGAACGUCUGGGUUGACCACGUCGACCUCUCCUCCGACCUCGACCACGACAAGGACUACUACGACGGUCUCCUCGACGUCACACACGCCGCUGACUAUGUCACCAUCUCCAACAGCUUCAUGCACGACCACUGGAAGUGCUCCCUAGUCGGCCACUCUGACAGCAACGGCAGCGAAGACAAGGGCCACUUGACCGUCACCUACAACAACAACUACUGGCUCAACAUCAACUCUCGCGGCCCUUCCUUCCGCUUCGGAACUGGCCACCUCUACAACAACUACUACGAGAACGUCUCCGAUGGCAUCAACACGCGCCAGGGUGCCCAGCUCCUCGUCCAGAACAACGUCUGGGUCAAGGCCAAGAAGGCGCUCUACAGCACCGACGGUGGUAACGCUGUUGCCGAGGGCAACGACUUUGGUGACAGCGAGAACACUGCUCCCAAGGGCUCCCUGUCCAAGGUCCCGUACGAGGUUCCUGAGCUCCUUGAGGCGGCUGCUGUCAAGGCUGCUGUUGUUGGCACUGCUGGUGUCACCCUCAAGUUCUAAGCGAUGGAGAGUGAGUGUAUUAUAGGUGUAUGGCUAGAAGGAGAUAUGAUCUUCAGGAUUUUGGAAAAUUAAAUCCAGGGAUAUAUAAAUGAGGAUGGAGAAAAGGGGGUUUUAACGGCUUCAAGUGUAAAUAUUUUGAUAGCUGAUUUCUUGUAUAUAUGUACGCUGUGCGGACAAUAUUUUACCAAUGAAAGG